AUCUAUCACAGUAUUCUUGAAGGAUUUUACAAGAAGCAAUUCAUCGCUACCCAAACACUUCGGUCACUUGUAAUCAUGGAUGACUCUGCACCCUCGCAAUCUACAACACAAUUGUGCGGCAGGAUUUCCUCUGUACAAACCUCUCGAUUGCUCCCUGAUCGUAAUCUCGCGUGGCAAGUAGAUCAUAUUGCGCUCGAGCGCUCGCAUAAUACAAUCCUUCACGAUGUAAGACGUCAAUUGAUCGCUACAUGGCUGACCAGCAAUUUUAUAAUCCCGGGCGUAAAAAUUGCAAACGCAGGUGUAGGGAACUCCCUUCACUCUCGUUCAUUACCGCAAAUAAUGCAUCCAUCGACUAUAUUUCAUUGUGUAUGUGCCCCGGAUUGA